AGUCUACUAUAUGAAGGACCUUGCAAAUAAUGCUGUUACUUCUUAAUAGGAAACUUUAAAUCAAUACAGUGAAGUCCAGGGUCCUAGCAAAUGACUGAUGUGUGGUUAGCAGGAUAUUAUGUGCACUGUAAAGAAUUUUUAGUGGAAUGGGUAGAUCUACAGAGACUUUAAUGAUUAUAUGUAAAGAAUAAUUGUGAGUAUCUAUCUUUAAUCACAUCGUGAGGCCUACAUGGAAAGAUGUAUCACAGGAUAAUUUCUGCUUUUGGCCACUUUCCCGAAAUCCAGGUAAGUCUAACAGCAUGAGAACCAUGACAGUGCAUUAGAAUGCCCCAGAAACUACCUGGAAAGGAACAUGCACACAGAAAAUAUUUAUUGGACACAAGACAAUUGGGAAAAUGGAGAAGAGCAAGAGGAAGAAAGGAAAACAGAAAAAAGAAAGAAAGAAGAGAGAGAAAUGAUAGGAAAAACCUUUUUGAAUCUAAUUAAACUUAUGAGUCACCAAUUAGCAUUUCUUAAUUGCUGACCUUAAAUAAUUGUGGCUUACAUAUUCUUUUAUUAAAAUAAAUUGACAACUUUCAGCUAAAAUAAGUCUGUUAAGAAAAAAGAAGGCAGCUAGAAAGCAAAUACACACAUUAUCAAAUGAAAUGACAGGAGGGGAGAGAUCUUACUACACGUCUUUAUAUCCCUGAGACCGAACCUGAGCAUGGAGAGGCAGUUGCAGGUCAGCCAACCACUCAGUGCUAAAUGAUCCACUUCCAGUUGACUAUGAGCCAAUUCUUACAAUCUUGACUGAAACUUCAAAAAUUCAUUAACAAAUCCAAACAGUAGACAAGUGUACCCCUCUACGAUGGAUUCUUCCAAAUAUGACUAUGGUGAAAACUUCGGUGAAAUCCAUGGAAUCCUCUUAUAUAAAGAGUUCAUCGAAUAUUGGAGUGAUGUGGAAGCCUUCCAGGCGAGACCAGAUGACCUUGUCAUUGCUGCCUACCCUAAAUCCGGCACAACCUGGCUUACUGAAAUUGUAUAUAUGAUCUAUAAAGAUGGAGAUGUGGAAAAAUGCAAAGAAGAUGCAAUUUUUAACCGAGUACCUCACCUGGAAUGCAGAGCCAAGGAGAUGUUUAAUGGUGUGAAACAACUAAAAGAGAUGAAAUCUCCAAGGAUGAUAAAGACUCAUCUGCCACCUCAACUUCUUCCAGCCUCGUUUUGGGAAAAGAGGUGUAAGAUGAUAUAUAUUUGCCGGAAUGCCAAAGACGUAGCCGUCUCUUAUUAUUAUUUCUUUCUAAUGGUUACAAUUCAUCCAGAUCCUGGAUCCUUUCCAGAAUUUGUGGAUAAAUUCAUGCAAGGUCAAGUUCCCUAUGGUUCCUGGUAUGACCAUGUAAAAUCGUGGUGGGAAAAGAAUGAGGAUCCUCGUGUGCUAUUUAUGUUCUAUGAAGAUAUGAAAGAGGACAUCAGAAAAGAGGUGAUGAAACUGAUGCAGUUCCUGGGGAGAAAGUCAUCAGAAGAGCUUGUGGACAAGAUUAUAAAGCACACAUCAUUUCAGGAGAUGAAGAACAAUCCGUCUACCAACUACACCAUGAUGCCAGAAGAAAUCAUGAACCAAAAAGUGUCACCCUUCAUGAGGAAAGGAAUUUCAGGAGACUGGAAGAAUUACUUUACACUAGCCCUGAAUGAGAGAUUUGAUAUACACUAUGAGCAGCAAAUGAAAGGUUGCACAUUGAAGUUAAAAACCGAGAUCUGACAGUGCUUUGCUGUCCUUAAUGUAUCUGAGAUUAAAAGUUUCCUAUCAGUCUA